UGCAAAGAGCUCCUCUUGGAUCUUUGGUUUGUUGCUGCCCGGGACGUUCCGUGCGCUGGACCGAGCGAGCGGUGUAACGGGCGCUCUCUCCGCCCGCCAUUUCCGUCGCACGUCUUUCAACAUGGCUGCCGCUCUCCAGCAAGAACCGUUAGAGGAAGAAUUAACGUGCACCGUUUGCCUGGAGAUUUUCGCCGAGCCAGUCAUUCUCAGCUGCAGGCAUAGCUUUUGCCGGGCCUGCGUGGAGGAGGUGUGGAGGGAGCCUGACUCCGGCAUUUACGCCUGCCCGCAAUGCCGAGCGGGCUCCGCCGUUAGGCCGGUCCUGGAGAAGAAUUUCCAGCUGGCGAACAUAGUGGAGCGGUACAAGGCGCUGGAAAUGUCCCCGGACGCCGCCCCCUGUACCGAGAAGAAGUACUCUGUUGCGAAAAGCUGCCUUGGGUGCCAGACGUCGUCGAUGCAGCAAGGCGAGGACGCGACGCUGGAAGGUCACCCUGCCGUGGGUUGCGCGGCAUCGGGGAGGUGUGACGAGCACCAGAAGCUGCUGGAGAUCUACUGCAAGGACGACGCCGCCUGCAUCUGCACCUUCUGCGCGUUGCUGGGCAGCCACAAGGGCCACGAAGUUGUCAGCAUCAGCGAGGCAGUGAACGAGCUGAGUAAUAACAUGGAAGAACAGCAAGAUAAACUCAGGAUCAGCGCUGAAACCUCGCAAGUCGCUCUGAAAGAUCUCCAGAAGGAAAAGGAAGACGCUUUGGAAGCGAUGAAGACGAAGAAAAUAAACAUCGAAAAGAAAUAUAAGGCUCUCAGGCAGCAGAUUGAAGAAGAGGAGAAAGAGGCUUUUGAACACUUGAAUAAGGAGCAGAUUCGCGUAACAUCAGAGAUUGAUGGUAGGAUCCUUGCUCUCCAGAAUUUGAUGAAAGAAUUUGAGGAAUCUCUGACCCAUCUCAAAAAUCUUUCAGAGAAAAAUGAAGACAUCCUGUUUAUUGAGGAAUUUAACUCCAUUGCUAAGCGGUUCAAGGAUGUCUCACUGCCGUUUGUACCCACACCUUACACAGGUGAGACACAAAUAAUGGACCGAAUAAGAGGUACAAAUGAAAGGACCGAAGAGGUGAGGGACAGAGAGAUGAUGGUCCAGCUUUAUGGGCAGACACCGACUCUGGAUCCAGACACGGCCAAUCCUUACCUCCUCCUGACAGACAACAACCGAACUGUGUCCGCAUCGAGCCAAAUACAGCUGUUUCAAAGAAGUGCCCACAGGUUUGAUCGAUGGCCUCAGAUCCUUGGCACACAGUGUGUGAGCUGCGGCCGAUCCUACUGGGAGGUAGAGGUGAGGGAGGGUGGUGGUGCCUGGAGCAUUGGAGUUUGCUACACCAGCAUCAGCAGAAAGGGGGAGGGAGAUGAAUGCCUGCUGGGAUUUAACAAGAAGUCCUGGUGCAUCCAUUCAGGUCCAUACGUCCUUUCAAGCCUACACAAUGGGAAGAGGAUUGCCGAGUUUGCAGGGAAACCAUCCACGGUGGGAGUUUUUGUAGAUUUUGAAGGUGGUAUUGUCUCCUUUUACAGUGUGUCAGGCAGAAUAAUCACCUUGUUGUACACCUUCCAUGGAACAUUCACUGAACCGCUCCACCCAGCACUGCGGCUUCGAACUGGUGUCACUCUGUCCCUGGCUGCCCUGAAGUAAUUUGUAUCAGGGCCGCUAUGUAGCAUGACCAGCAUCCCACCAUCUCGUUCAUUUUACCAGGAAAGAUGCAGAACAUCAUCGGCCUGUGGCUCAGAGAUCCCAAUCUUCUGAUCUUGCAGCUUCCUCUGCCUGGGGACACAGACCACAACAGCCAUCAACAGCACGAAGAAGUGGUCCUCACAAAAGGUUCAGGUAUUUGAAAUCCAGCGGUAGGCUUGUGCUGCAUUCCAUGUUCUGCUGGAAACAACCCUUUCAUUCAGUGCUUUUGAAAGUAUAUUUGUGUUGGGUGCUUCAUUCUAUUUUCCAUGGUGUCACUUGACAACACUUUUCUCUUCAAGCAAAGGUCUCAUUUUUUUUUGUUCGCUGCCCAAAUGCUUUUUAAUCCUGUUAAGGAUCACUGAAGGUAAACCGUGUGGAUCCAGUCUCAACACUUCCAUGUGAUAUCCUUGUGAACAUGUGAACAUGAAACAGAAUUGGAUAACUGAGCAGGAAAAACAGAUAAUUGGAUUUUAAGGGGAACCCUGGGUGUGGUGGUUAGUUCAAGGGGAAAGUGGCCUGUCUUUGUUAAAGAAAUAGGUCAGAAUAUGGCCAGAAUUAUCUUCAUUUGGUUUGCGUGAAAACUUAGACGCCUAUUUUAUAGAUCUAGCAAAUCAAAUUAUUCACUUAGUGAUGUGCAUAAAUAUCAGACAGGCAGAACGUCCCGAUACACUACAGCCGCUGGCUCGCCUUCGUCCAUUUUACUUGUCACAGCCUCAAAAAAAUUCCAGAGGAUUAGUCAUGCAGGAUUUCCCCUUCACAAAUCCAUGCUGACUUGGACCAAUCCUUUUGCUGCUAUCCAAAUUGUGUUCCAGUUAAUUGUGUGCCAGUGUGUUGUCUCGGAAGCAAAACUAUCACGGGAAAGGGCUAUUCUUUUGGUGGGCUACCUGCACACGUUGCAUAUGUAAAGGAAUGCUUUGGAUCGUAUGAAGCUUGUUUUUUGAAAUGUUUUUUGUUCUUGAAUAAAGAGAUCUGGCGUUCA